GAAAAGUAACUGAUUUCUUUUCAAAAUUGAACUGUACUCCAAUUCGAAUCACGGUUAACAGCAGAUAUGAGAUUCGGCGCCGGACACCGCCGACAACCCAGGGACUCAUUCAUUCCGCCGGAUUCCCAUCAGCGCCAUCAGUUCCCCCGUGACUCCAACGCCAGUUUGGCGAGCAGCCGCCGUUCUUCCUCCGGCGGCGCGGGGUGCACGAAGAUCGAGGACUACAAGGAGCGCCGCUUGCAGAAAUCGGUGAUUUCCGCCCUCAACAAGUUUCUGAAGACGCGGAACUGUCUCAUCAUCUUCAAAUCCAGCGGAACCCCACCUUCCAACGACAUCCUCGAUACCCUAAAAUUGCUUCUGAGAGAGAUCGAGUACCCUGUGUCGAAGCUCGAAGAGGAUCUUCCUCCUCUCCUGAAGCGCCUCAAUUACCCUUUCACGAUCCACAAAUCCACCCUCAAAUCCCCCGACCCUCACCAUUGGCAUCACUUGCUCGCACUCAUUCACUGGCUCAUUCAGAUCGCCUCCUUCGGCUUUCACAUCUCCGAAUCCACCUCCAAUACAGUCUUGUCCCUCGUCCAGGUCAACCUUGUCCACCAGUACACCCUCAAUUCCUAUCUUAACUACAUUAACGGCCAUGAUGAUGUGGUUGAAGAACUCGAACUCGACAUCAUGGACAAGCUCAACCACCAGAAGGUCCUCGCCGAGGAGAAGCUCGAGGCUGCCAACAAUGAGCUCAAGAGUUUGAGGGACGACUUGGAGAAGCUGAGGUUGCAUCCCGUAAAGAAGGACGAGUUGGAGAAGACUAAGGGCAUGCUAGAGGAGGAUGUGAAGAAGUUUAGUCUUCUGAUUGAGGAUGUUGGGAGGAUGAUUGAGGAGAUGGUGAAGGUGCUAGCAGAAAAGGAGAAGGUUCUGGAGGCAAAGGAGCGGGAGAACCAUAGGGUUUGCGAGGAGAACAAGGAGCUGAGGAGGACGGUGGAGGCGCAGCCUGUGAAUGCGAGGGAUGUGGAGAGGAUGAAGAGGGAGUUGCAGGCUUUGGAGAGGGGGAUCGAGGAGGGCGAGCUUGCCAGGAAUGUUUGGGAGGACAAGUCCCGGGAACUGGAGAAUAGUCUUUCUCACAAGUUCAAGGACCUUGAGGUGCUUGCUUUGGAUUGCAACCAAGAGCUGAGGAGGUUGAAGAUCAGUGAUGAUAUUCAGUAUCAGUUGAAUGCCAAGGGAACUACGCCUGCUGAGAUUAUGGGUUUUGACCAUAAAUUGAGUCUGAAGCCUGCACUUAACUCGUACACUGAGGACAUUAAGAAGAUUUCUAUGGGGAGAUGGGAAGAGUUAAUUUCCUAUCAGCAAAUGUCCAAUGAAAAUGCUUCUAGGCUUGAGGAAAAAAGAAAUAAUGUUGCAACAGUGCAGUCACAGAUUGAUAAAAUAGAAGCUGAACUAAAAAUGAUAAAGAAUGAAACACAAGAUUAUGUAAAUAGAUGUUCAGCUGAAGCAAAGCAAAUGUUGGAGGAUGUCCACGUAGCAAGUCAUGACCUGGACAUUAUGGAAAGAGAGGCAGCUGAGGUUCUAAAGGCUACCCAAUUGAAUUUGCAGGAAGCAAUUAAGCAAAGUGAACAAAAAAUACAAAUGCGUGCUCGUGAGCUCCUGAAGUUGGUUGAUUCAGUCUCAAAGUAUAAAGAAUACGUGGACUCUAAAAUUUCAGAGAUGAAUAGGGAUCUAUCAGAAACUGCAAGUGCUGUCUCUGAGGCAUACAGGGGUUCAUUUCCAGCCCAAUUCAUUAAUAUAUUGAAUACAAAUCGCCAGCUUGAGAGUAGAGACUGAGCCAUUGUGCAUUUGCUCUGGCAUCUAUGUAAACUAAAGUGCUUCACUUAUUGUUCCUUUUAGGUUAAAUUUAUGCUUGUAUGUUAGUAAUUAUAAUUAAAUCAAGUUAUCGUGUGUGUCAAGCUGUAGAUGUUUUGAGAAGUCUCUUAAAGUAAAGAUUAG